CCUGUUGAACCUCUGGCUUGCCUGACCAUCCUUCUGCCUGAUCCUCGGUACCGCGCUGCCCGCUACCUGCUGAACCUGGCUUGUGACCCCGACCAUUCUCUGCUUGCUCCUCCUGUACCACGCUGCCCGCACGAUACCGACCCGGCCUGUCUGACUACGCUUACUUCACCCGACGAUCCACCCAUCCCACACGGAUCACCUCUAGUAGACUCCGUUCCUGCACUCCCCUGCCAGUACUCUCUACCACAGCCGGACGCACUCAGGGGUCGCGACCUGGUUCCAGUCUGCACCAAGUCCAUCCCCACCAUCAGGGGCCCUGGUGAAUAGCAGGCUGGGACUUAG